CCCUACCAUGUACUGAGAAAUCCUCCUUAAAUAACUCUCUUAAAGUCCAACUGCGUCUUCCGUCUCCUCAAUAAUCGCCUCCUCUCUCUCUCUCUCUCCAAAUCCCUCUCUCGAUCGCGGAUCCCGUCACCGGCGGUGACCAUGAGUUCCUUCACCGGCAACCAAAAAACUCCAAAUCCCUCCUCCUUCAGCUCCUACCAAUUCGAUUUCGGGCUUGGAUCCUUGACCCGCAACUCCAACAAACCCCUCAAGACGCAAAAACCACCAACCGCGCAACCGCACCCAAACCUCACACCCCCGCGUGGCCCGCAGCCCAACAACACCUUGACCCACCAACCUCACCCCGCCGCUGCAACCUCGCGGGGCCGCCUCAUGGUCCGGCGCAUAUUCGGCAAGAGCUGGAGCUCGGCUAACCCUAGCUCCUCCGCCUCUGCCACGUCAUCGAUCGGGAUCGCGAAAUCGAACCCUGAUCUCUUCGGCGAUCUCGUUGGAUCUGCGCUCAAUCAAGGGAAAGGGAGUAGUAACGUGCCGUUGAAGGCGGCGGCGCCGGCGAAGAACUUGUACUCGAUGGGUAGUUUGAAGGAUUCUCUGCCGAAAUCGAAUAAUAAUGGGAGCAGUAGCGUGAAUUCGAUGAAGAACAGCCAGGGGUCUGUCGAUAAUUUUGCGAAUUUUGGGGAUUUUUCGCCUUUGAAUCAAUCUAGCAAGCCAGUUGGCGGGCAGCCAAUGAAAUCGAUGUCGGGUGCAGGAUCAAACCCUAAGCAAGAUCCAUUUGGUUCGUUGAUGGACUUCGGAUUGAAGAAUUCUGGAAAUUCUCCAAUUAAAUCGUCAAAUGCGAAGAAUUCAGGCAUUGAUUCAUCUUUCGGAGAUUUCCAGAAUGCAAAAGGUGCUGAUUUCGGAAUCCCAGCUCAAAAACCUGCGCAAACCGAAGAUUUCAACAAUUUCGGCAUCCCAUCACAGCCACAAACCAAUCAGACCAAUCAACAAGCCUCUGAUCCAUUGGAUUCGCUGUUCUCUUCGACGACGACAGGGAACCCUUCAGGGGUUUCUGGAACCCCGCAGUUUGCUGAGAUGAAUGAUUGGGAUGUGGGUGCAGAGUUUGGAGGGCAAGAUCACAGUGAGACGACUACCGAGCUCGAAGGGCUUCCUCCUCCUCCGGCAGGAGUCACGUCUUCAAUGGCGAAAACUAAAGGAACGGAUAAUUAUAAACAAGGACAGUUUGCUGAUGCUAUCAAGUGGCUAUCUUGGGCUGUUGUUCUCAUUGAGAGGAGUGGAGAUAGUGCUGACGCCCAUGAGGUUUUGAUUUGCAGAGCUUCUUGCUAUAAGGAGGUCGGCGAGUAUAAAAAGGCAGUUGCAGAUUGCUCAAAGGUAUUAGAAGAUGAUAGUUCAAAUGUUGCGGUGCUGCUGCAGCGUGCUCUGCUGUACGAGAGCACCGAGAAAUACAAACUUGGGGCUGAAGAUUUGAGAACGGUUUUAAAGAUUGAUCCUGCUAACAGACUUGCAAAGAGCACAAUUCACAGGUUGAACAAAAUGGCUGGUUAAGAAGAGCUUUUCUUCCACAUUCAUUAAUUCUGCUUUUCGGGAAUGCACAUGGUAAUUUAGCUCUUUACCCUUAUCCCUUCAUAGAGGUCAACAGUAUGGGGAACAAUAAUAUGUUUUAAAAAUGUGGGCUCGUGUGUUAAAUCCAUUCUAAAGUUUGAGGAUUUUUUUUCCAUAUUUACAUAUAUGGUCAUAUGCUGUUGUAUUGAACAUUUUCUUGUUGUCUUGCUUACAACUAUCAUUACUUUGUAUUCAUUCUAGUAUGUUAUUUCGGUAUUCAUUA